AGAGGGAACUGCCAGUGCAUAGCCCAGAGGGCUGGAAGCAGAGGGCAGGCGCCAGGAGCAGGGAGAAACAGGCUGGCGGGGACACAGGAUACAUUGUGGCCGCCAGACUCUGAGGAACCUGGCCCCGGGAAUGAGGGGAGAAUCUUACUUCAUUGGAAUGAGGAGCCUGGGGCAGCAGGGCCACGUCCCGGACGAUGGAGGGCUCUUGCUGCUCUGCUGCGUAGACAGAGACUGGGCUGUGACUCAGUGCUUCACGGAGGAGGCCUUUCAAGCAAUCACUGACUUCAACGACCUCCCCAACUCACUGUUUGCCUGCAACGUCCACCAGUCGGUGUUUGAAGGAGAAGAGAGCAAGGAAAAAUUUGAGGGUCUGUUCCGGACUUAUGAUGACUGUGUGACGUUCCAGCUAUUUAAGAGUUUCAGACGUGUCCGAAUAAACUUCAGCAAUCCCAAAUCUGCAGCCCGAGCCAGGAUAGAGCUUCAUGAAACCCAGUUCAGAGGGAAAAAAUUAAAACUCUACUUUGCACAGGUUCAGACUCCAGAGACAGACGGAGACAAACUGCACCUGGCUCCACCGCAGCCCGCCAAACAGUUCCUCAUCUCGCCCCCCGCCUCUCCUCCCGUCGGCUGGCAGCCCAUCAGCGAUGCCACGCCGGUCCUCAACUACGACCUCCUCUAUGCUGUGGCCAAACUAGGACCAGGAGAGAAGUAUGAGCUCCACGCAGGGACGGAGUCCACCCCAAGUGUCGUCGUGCACGUGUGUGACAGUGACAUCGAGGAAGAAGAGGAUCCAAAGACGUCCCCCAAGCCAAAAAUCAUCCAGACCCGGCGUCCCGGCCUGCCGCCCUCCGUGUCCAACUGAGCUCGCCGCUCCGCCUCCAAGAGAAUAUCUGUCUCCUCUUGAUCAUGCUUUUUCCCUCACCCCCUGUUGUUUGUCAAAAAAAAAAAAGAAAAUUGCCUUUAAAUCCCUGGGUGUUUGGUUGUUUGAGAUUCUUUCCUUGUAAUCAAGCCUCUCGGACAAAAGGGCUAGGAAAAGGUGACACGUUUCCUGAUCAUACCAUACCCAUCCAGAAUAAUCCAUUAUUUAGAAGGUUCUAGAAAAAAAAAGUAGUAUUUUCUUAUUAAACGAUCAGCACAGCCUAGACCUUCAUACUCUCUUGUUGAUCCAAGCCAGAGACAUCAGUGACAAAUAGCAUCUGUGUUGUUUGUGAGCCGUUCCAGUCCCGCUCCUGACGUGUGUGCAUUGGUUUUUUUUGUUUGUUUGCUUUUUUUUUUUUUCCUGGCCACUUUAAGUAGGACCAUAAGUAAACUUGACUUUGACUGCAUGAGAUACCCCUGUCUGGUCUCACUCAGUCCUCUGCAUCCCGGCAUUCCCAGGACAUGCAUGAUCACCAGCAUUUAUUUCCAUGAUUUGAGGAUGUGCUAAAGUCACAGAUUGUCUGCAUCCAGCCAUGUCCUUUCUAGAUUAGGAAAUUUAUCAGCAUCGUCCAGCUUCCCAAGUCUGGGUCUAGCCACUCUUUUGAGUCCAAUACUUCAUAGCUCUGUUGAAAUUCCUGGAGGCAAAAACUGAGCUGGGCCCCAAAAGAUACCCCUCAGUAGGUUUCGAACAUGACUUCCCUGUAGAACUUUCCCAGCCUCCUUGGGGAAGGCUCGCCCAGGGCGAUGGAGACCGAUUUCAGACGAAUCUAUUUAUUACAAAAGUUUCACAGUGUCUGAAUGAUUGUUGUUGGUUCCCCCCCCCCUUUGUAUAUUUGUACAAAUGUUUCAGCUGUGCUUUUAAAAAUCUGGAUGUUUUUAUUUAGUGACUGUUCCAGCCAUUCGCUGCUUAACGACGUCUGUGUAUCGCUUAUGAACGCAUUCGUACACUAGUCCAGGUCAUCUGAUAAUACUGCACUGUACUAGGGGUAAUGCUGAAUUUUGAAAGGGCACAAAACUUCUCAUGCCAAUAUGGAAAUGAUUAGCCAGCACCUUUGCUGGCAAGGCCACUUGUUUUUAAAUAAAGUGAAGACGCAAGUGUCAGUUGCAGCCAAUGUGAAUGGAGCUAAGUCAGUGUAGCAGCCACAGAGCACAUUAAAAGGGGGAGCUGGAGAGAGGGACAUGUACAGUCCUCCUCAUGCGAAGCCCCUGUUGCUCAAAAACGUGUUUGUUUUCGUUACGUGUGAUUUUUCUAUUUCUCUAGCCCAAAGUGCAUUACGGAAGCUACACCUGUAGAACCAUCACCUUCUGCUCUGUGUGCCAGGUCUCAUCCACCCCCGUCUGUUAAUGAGUUACUUUAGCUGCAAAUGCCCGUUGUGACGGAGUGGGGGAAAUACUUUCAUCACCCUCAGAGAAACACACAAGAACAAUAACACACACAGCCACCCGAUGGAAGGAUUGUUGUGGCUUGUUUUUUUUUUUUUGACUAAGGUAUAUGUUAGUUUCAUCAGAAACAAACAUGAGACUGAUCACUCAGAAAUUUAAAGUCCGUUCUACUGUGAAUAUAGCAAUAUAGUACUGGACACAGUACAGGUGAAACUGAGGACAGCCUUGCUUGUCAAAUCCUGAGUUUCCAUAAAAAAAAAAAUGAAGGCUCCUUUUAAAAAUGUAACCUGAGGAGUGUCUAAUAAGCAAAUGCUUUGACUUUCCUUUGCUGUGGAGGUUUUUGCAUUUUCAUGGGCAAAUAGUAUCUGACUCGAUUGUGGAGAAAUGCUGCCCUCUAGUGGAGGAAAUCUUGGCCUCUGCUGCUCAGAGGACCUGAGAGCUACAGCGGACAGCCGUUUUGUGCUGUCUCUUCUCAGUGCUUGGUGGGUCCUUUGCUAUGUUAAUAGACACAGAAUUUUCAGAAGGCAGGUUCUAGCGACAUCUGGAUGAGAGAAACUAUUUAGGAAUGGCUUUUCAAUGUUUUAAAAGAAAUCCAUCAGACCUUUCCAACCAAAUUCAGCAAAAGUUGAAAUGACUAUUCUGUGUCAUCAAAAAUAAAAAUAAAAAUUCAUGGCGUAUAUGACGUAAGUGGUUAGUCCUGGUAACAUUUGUUGCAAAAUGUCCAUGUUCACCUGCCUCAGAGAAAGUCAUUCUUCCACGAGGUUGGGUUUGGGGCCGUGGGGAGAGGAAUGUGUCCCAGGAAAGGGGGGCAGAAACAGAAGGGAUGCCUUGAAGUGUUUCCAUGGAAGCUCUGAGCGCUGUGAAAGUCGGGAUGGCCUCCGCAUCUCCAUGAAACACAUGACGCAAACCUCUUUGGCACUAUUUUAACUUUGAAAAGUUUAAAUGUGGAGGGGGAGGGGGAGAGUUCCACCAACUGACUCAUUUGUGCACGUGUAUAGCUCAAAGAGCUUAGAUUUCAAAUAUACCUGGUGAAUGACUCU